ACGAAACAAGAGAAGAUCAAUUCUGACUAUUUGGAAAAGAUUUCCCCCUAUAUAAUUAAUAUCGAUUUGUUUUGCUUGUCGAUGUGUCUUUUAAAAAUGUUAUUCUUUAAAAAUUUAUUCAAGAUAUUAUGAAUAGUGGUGCUAUCUUGUAGCUCAUUAUUACAGUAAAAUCGAUGCAAUCUCGAUUGUUGCGAUUGCGACAAUCGACAUUGUAAUUUCACAUCGUGCCGCUCGGAUUUCAGACUGUGUGAAGAUGUCUGGAGAACAACAGGCAGUUCCUCCUUCCGUCAUGUGGGCGCAAAGGCCCCAUGUUAUAUUCCUAACAUUUUGUCUUGAAGACUGUAAAAACCCUGAAAUUAAAAUUGAAAGUGACAAAAUAUUUUUCAAGGGUGUAGGAGGCACAGAAAAGAAGCCUCAUGAAGUUACAAUACCUCUUUUCAAGGAAAUAGACCCAGAGAAAUCUCUCAAAUUCGUAAGAGACAGAAACAUUGAGUUAGUACUUAAAAAGAAAGAAGAAGGUGGUCCUUAUUGGCCACACCUUCUAAAGGAUAAGAAGAAAUACCAUUGGCUUAAAGUUGACUUCAACAAAUGGAAAGAUGAGGAUGACAGUGAUGAUGAUGUUGGACAGUCAGAAGACCUUGAAGAGAUGAUGCGUCAAAUGGGAGGCCUUGGUGGAUCUGGUGACAACAAACCAAGCUUUGAUGACCUUGAUGGAGAGUCAGAUUCUGAUGAUGAAGAUUUACCAGAUUUAGAGUGAUGUGAUAAAAAUGAGUUAAUUCACUCAAACCUUUCGAACUAAAGAGAGGACCAACCACAAUCUUUUAAUAAAUAAGGCCCUGUGAAAUCUAUAAUCGUGUAUUAAUUACAUCGGGGCAUCGCACGUUACAACAGAAAAAUCCCCCAAUGAUAUGUGCUGAAAUAGAUUGAAAGUUGUUUAGGGAGAUUGACAGCUUUCUAAACAGUCAGGAAUUUGGCGCUUUACUUUAAUGUUCAUCUUUCAUAUUAUGAUAAAAGUUUAAAAAAAUUUCGGGAGGAAUUGAAUGGAUUAUUAUUUUUGGGUAGAAAUUAUUUGUCUUGGACUGGCAUGAAAUUUUCAAGUUUGCUAAAUUUCUGUGUUACAGUUUCAUUAACAACAUGACUAGCAAAAUAUAUUUAAGGAGUUAGGCUUUUUUAUACUAUUUACAUUUCUGUUGUAAUUGUUACAUGUUUUUCCAUUUCCAUAAUAUACCAAAAUAGAAUUAUAAUAAUUUUGUGGUGAUGCAUUGACUUGUGAAGGCUUGUUCAUACAUCAAGAGAAGGACUUAAAUUGGAAAAGCAGUGUCUUGUAAUUUUGUGUUCUUAAAACAGUUUUUAAAAAGGCUCAUAGAGAUGGGAAAAUGCCAUGAGAAUUAUUUGUAGCUACUGAAAAAAUUCUUAUUAGUUGCAUCUUUAACUGUACUUUAGUAAUAACUAGCCAAGAUUGUAUGCAACUGGUAAAAUGUGUUUGAUGCCAUGGUAAAAUCUUUUUAAAAUACUUUGCGUGCUUGAUUCUGUGUCGUGCAGAGUAUUAGUCUGUUAUGAGCAUGAAAACUGGUAUUCACCCAUCUCUAAAUAUGGAAUGUAAUGAUUGUUAAAUAAAUUUCUUAUGUAGACAGCAGGUGUAUUGUUUAAAAAUGAUUGCUUGUAUGAAUUUUUGGCCCAGAGUUGACUGACAAAUAUAAGGCGUAACUUGGGGUAGCAACCCCUUCCUCAUUUGUUUGGAUUUUUAUUAAAUUAUGCAUUUGCAAAAGAUAUUUGAAAAUGUGGAUAAAAUUCUAUAUUGAUGUAUUUACCCAAAUGUAAGGUGAGGGUAUUUCCCAAAUCUCUUUUCGAAAAAUACAAAGUAGGCUUAUUUUCAGAAAUAAAAUUGUGGAUAGGAUUUAUAUUUUUACGCUGCCUUUCCAUGCCAAGAAGAAACUCAAAAGAUUGAUGAAAGGCAAAAAAAGUGUAUUGAUCGAUUACACACAAUAGUGGGUGGAUUGUCAUCUGUGAAUUUGCCAGCUGAUUCAGACCAAUAGUUUGAAUGGAAUGGUAAAAAGAAUAUCUCGACGGUAAUGCUGAGAUUUUGUUACGUUGUGCAUUGAUCAAGGCUGCACAAAGCGUUUGACACCCAGUGAGUGCGAAUCUGCAUCUUUGCAAGAAAUGGAAAUGAAAAACUGUUUUGAUAGAAGUACAUAUUUCACAUACAACCACACAAAGUUAAAAAAUAUGUUCUUAGCAAAAAGCUGUGAAAUUUGAAAGCUUGUUCUCAUUUCUUGUGGAAGAGAGAUGUAAUAGUUUACCUCUCCCCCUCACCAACAUCAAUAAUCUUCUUCAAAUCAGCAUUGUUUAAAGAAUGAGAAAACAAAAAAUUUGAAGCCACUAGUGAUAAAAAUGAGAAUGUAAAUAAAUAUAUCACAGAUGAAUGUAGAUUCAAUGUCCAAAACUUCCAAGGCAGCCUAAAAAGUCAGAGGAUGAUGCAGCAUGGAAGAACUAGAAACAAACAAUAAAGAUGGGGUGGCAAAAAAAAUAAUAGUUUAAAGAACAAGAAAAUAGUGAUAGUUAUUUUGACCAAAUAGCAAGAAUUAGUUUAAUAUAUACUACAGAAAAACAAGUUAUCAAGAGGCCUCUUCAAAAUUAAAGGGUCAACGUAGUUGGAUAAAAACGGUAUUUGUGGCCUUCAGCAGCAAAAAUACAAAACUACUCAAGAACAAAUUACUCUUAUAAUAUAAACAAUUAU